AACUUCCUUUUUCAUAAGGAAAACACUUAAGAAUAUAUUUGUCGUCUUUUCUUUCAUUAUUUUAUAUUAUGACAUGAUGUUAUUCUGGACUUAGUUAAAUUAAACAAAAUGGAUUAUAUUUGUGUGUUGCUAAGUUUAUUUCUUAUUUUACCAAUAAUCGACGCCGCCUGCACGUGGCCUGCCGUGUUUGAUGGUACAACCUGGCUGGAUAGUCAACAGGGUCAGAUUGUGUUCACCUCAUCUGAUGUGAGUGGGUUCGAACUUAUUUUCUAUUCUCAAACCGUGAACACGUUUACUUGCAUUGAGGACCAGUUUGAUACGAACAAGAAAUUGCUUAUACGAUCAGUAUCGUCUGCGAAUGCGAUUGGUGGCAACUGGUAUCAUUAUAUCUGCCUUAAAUUUACAGAACUAACGGCUGGAGUCUCCUAUACGUAUUACCGUUUAAACGAAAAAUCAGCUGAUGCUGGACAACAUCGUACUAAACCAAGACUAAGCGACGAUGCUGAAUUCACCAUUGAUAAUGCCUGUGACGAAACCAACGGUGCAAAAGACGCAGAGUUUGUUACUAUUAUAAAACAAGGUUCUGAAACCGACGCGUACAUCACGUGUCCGUCUGUACUUCUGGGCAGGUUUGAGUUUAAUUAUACAAAUUCUGCUGGAACUGAAUCAUGCAACGAUCCCAGUAAUCAAGAACACAUGAACGUGUGCACGGACAAAACAAAACUGACAUUCGAUGUACCCUGUACUGGACAGUCAAUUGUCUAUGCAAGUGGCGAUGUUUAUUGUGUUGCUUCGUUGCAAGUGGGUUCAGACACGUUCGUACAAUUAUACAAUCCACAAGCAACAGUUGACAGCAGAAGUACGUACAGGUUUACAUGUUUAGCUAUAUCUUCGGAUAGUCUCAGUUCGACCAUAGUUUACAAUAACUGUACAAAUCAUCAAACCUCGUCAUAUGUUCCAAGGAAUCAUAACGGUGAUGUCAUAGGAGCAAGCAUCUCUUUCUUACCUUACGUUUUCUGCAGUAAGUGA